AUGGAAGUAAAGCUGUGGGCGACUCGAGUCGAGCUUGCCCUGUGCUUUGAGCUGGGCGAGGAUGCUGCGGCCCCCGCGCCGUCUCUCGCUGGCCCUCCCGCAGCCGCCGUGGCUGGAGACUCGCAGUACCUUGUGUGGUCCUUGGUCCGGCCUUCAGAGGCUGCCCACGGGGCUGAGCAGAUAGGGAAGAUCACAGCAUGGCCCGGCUUCCCGCUGCUCCGUGUGCACAUUCCCCGCCGGAAUACCCUGCGUGGAAACGCCGCUUUGCCCAGCUGCUACCCCCCAGCAGCAGGAGCCGGAGCAAGUGACUCACGGCCACGAGGGGACAACGUGGCCCGGCCGGCGCACGGCGCCGCGCGGGCAGAGCCCGUCACGGUGCUCUUCCAGGUCUUGGGCUUUGAAGUUGAUACAGUGAACUCUGUCCAGUUUUCAAACCACACAGGCUAUGCCCACUGGAAGGGCCAGGUGCUAAAUUCAGAUGAACUCCAUGAGCUGUAUGAAGGACUCAAGCUGAACAAUGUCAACCAGUACGACUACGUGCUCACAGGGUAUACAAGGGACACAUCGUUUCUUGCAAUGGUGGUGGAUAUUGUCCAGGAGUUGAAGCAGCAGAACUCUAACCUAGUGUAUGUGUGUGAUCCAGUGAUGGGUGACAAAUGGAAAGGAGAAGGUUCUAUGUAUGUGCCAAAGGAUCUUCUCCCUGUCUACAGAGACAAAGUUGUUCCUGUUGCUGAUAUAAUUACUCCUAAUCAGUUUGAGGCCGAGUUACUCACUGGUAGAAAGAUUCACACAGAAAAAGAAGCUUUAGAGGUAAUGGAUAUGCUGCAUGCCAUGGGACCAGAGACUGUGGUGAUCACAAGCUCAGAUCUACAGGGUCCUUUAGGAAACGACUACCUAAUUGCACUGGGAAGCCACAGGAAAACUAAAGCAGAUGGCACCAAGGUGACACAGAGAAUUCGAGUGGAGUCUCCAAAAGUGGAUGCUGACUUUGUUGGAACAGGAGACUUAUUUGCAGCUAUGCUUUUGGCAUGGACGCACAAGCAUCCAAACAAUUUGAAGGUGGCGUGUGAAAAGACUGUGUCAGCCAUGCAGCAUGUUCUGCAAAGGACCAUUACGAGUGCAAAAGCACAAGCUGGAGGAAACAAACCAAACUCAGCCCAGCUGGAAUUGAGAAUGGUCCAAAGCAAAAAGGACAUAGAAAACCCAGACAUCAUAGUGAAAGCUGCUGUGUUAUAAAGGCUGUAUGUCUCCAAUAACGCACAAUGUAUCAAUGUCCUCAUUUCUUUCCUGUAAAUUGUAAUAUUUGCCUUAGAUCUGUGACAAAAACCUGAUUUUCAUGAAAUAGUGCCCAGCAUAAGCAGAUAUCCACUCUCAAAUAUAUGUGCUGGCCUUGUUGAGUUUUAAAAACAAAACAGAGUUGGUGUGCAUUAAAGCAUAUUCCCAGGUAUCAAAAUGGCUGUCAAAUUCACUUAGUCUGUGUAUUACCCUGGGCAAGAAAAUACAAUGUUCCUGCCUUGCCAAAGACUUUAGAUGUGAAUUUGCUAAUAGAAUGUUUGACUGACUGGAGAAUAUAUUUCAAGAUGGCAUCUAGUGCCAAUGGAGGUGGCGAUGUGCUCCUGUUUCCUGGAGAUAUCUGGUUACUUACUCUGGUAUUCAGUAUCUCAGGCACUAUGAAACUAAGCAGGGUUAAAACUACACACAAAGUUCUGGUUGUGUGUAAGGAGUACUUUCGAGAUGCUUAGCAUUUAAGCGCUCUGAAGUGACCUUGAGGUGUCAUUCAUGUUGCUGAUAACUGCUCCUGUUUCUUGUUUGUGAACAGUUACAUAGCUUUAGUUCUUACAGGUACUUGCUGCUUAUUUCUAAUGUCCACAGGUACCCACCUCACGUUUCUCCUGAAAGUCUGCUCCAGAAACUUCUUCAUUAAUAAGGUAGAAGAUCGUAGUCCUACCUCUGAGGCCAGGUUUGCUUCUUUGUUCAGCUUUUAAGUGAAGGCAGAUGUUCUUCAAGGACAAAAGAUAAAGCAGCUCCUGCUCUGAA